CCCGCUAUAUAAAACACAAUAUCCCUCCUUUCUCCGUCUGUGUUCCACUCUCAAACCCUAAAAAUGGCAGCGGCUCCAAUUGAGUCAGUCCAGUGCUUUGGGCGCAAGAAGACUGCUGUGGCUGUCACCUACUGCAAGCGUGGAAGAGGCCUAAUCAAGAUCAAUGGAUGCCCAAUCGAACUAGUGGAGCCUGAGAUCCUCCGUUUCAAGGCUUACGAGCCAAUCCUUCUUCUUGGACGACAUCGUUUUGCCGGUGUCGACAUGCGCAUUCGCGUCAAAGGUGGUGGUCACACCUCGCAGAUCUAUGCUAUCCGUCAAAGUAUCGCUAAAGCUCUUGUCGCCUUCUAUCAGAAGUACGUUGACGAGCAGAGCAAGAAGGAAAUCAAAGAUAUUUUGGUCAGGUAUGAUAGGACU